AUGCUUAUUCCCCAAAAGGGGCAAAUAACGGUUGAACUUAGCAACAGAGAAAGUUAUAAUUUAAAAGAAAUUAAUUUAGACCAGUGGCGAGUUAAUAAUGUUGCUUACGUUACUCAUGAUACUUUGGUUGAAGAAGGUUCGACCGGUCAAAAACAAUUAACUAAUAUUAAUAAUAUUUUGGCAACCAAACAAGGGGCAAAUAUUUUUCUUUUUGAUGAAGCCGAUAACGCUUUGGAUGAGACUAAUAAAGAGGAUUUCCAAAAUAAGUUAAAGGAAUUAGUGCUUCAGUGGAUAGAAUAUUUGAUUGCGGUUCAAAUGGUCGGAGUUCUCAAUGGUGAAACUGAUAAAAAUUUAACUUUUCCUCAUGAUAAUCCACCACAAACUAAUUCUAUCCCAGACAAGCAAAAUAGUAAUUUUCCCUUAGCAAUAACAAUAAUUAUUACUGCUGUUAUUAUGGUAGUGGGAAAAAACUGCUAUGUUUUGGAAAAAAAUAACGACCUAAUUAUUGUUGAUUGUGGGAUUAAAUUUCUCAAUGGCAGUAAUUUAGCCGACGGCACUAUUCCUAAUUUCUCCUACUUAGUGGAAAACAGAAAAAAAAUAAAGGGUUUAUUUAUUACCCACGGUCAUGAGGACCAUAUUGGUGGUAUUUCUUACUUGUUGCAAUUAAUUCCUACUAUCCCCGUUUAUGGUUCCGAGUUUUCUAUUUCUCUUUUGAAGCAAAAACUACGCGGAGAAAGCAAAGAAAAAACUACUAUUUUUCAGGAUGAUACAGUAAUUAAUACCGGCGAGUUUCGCCUAAAAUUUUUUCGGGUAACUCAUUCUAUCCCUGGCUCUUUUGGAAUUAUAAUUGAGAUUGGGGAAAAAACUGAUUUGUUUAAACUAAUGGAAUACGGGAAAAAAGGAGUCGAUUUGCUGUUAAGUGAUUCGACUAAUGCCGAAGUGGAAGGCACCACUCCUUCCGAAACAAAAGUUAUCGAAAUUGCUCAAAAAACCCAGAAAAAGAUUGUUCUGCUCGGUUCUUCUUUAUUAAAAAUGAUGAAAGCCAUUCAAAAAGCUAGUUUAUGGAAAAUAGAUAGUUCUAUUUUUCUAAAAGCGGUAGCGAUUAGUAAAACACCGAAUAAUAAACUAAUUAUUUUUUGCACUGGUUCCCAAGGUGAAGAAAGAGCCGUUCUUAGUCGACUGGCUCACCAAAAUUAUCCCGAUUGGAAAGUAGCGGCUGGCGACUCAAUUAUUCUCACUUCUUCCCCGAUUAUGGAUAAUAAAUCCCAAGUGGAAAUAAUUAACAACAAGUUAUUUACCUUAGGAGCAAAAAUAUAUGAAAAUAAUAAGGAAGACUUGCUUCACGCCUCCGGUCAUGCUUGUCAAGAAGAUUUAAAAUUAAUGUUGAAAUUGGUUAAUCCCAGUUAUUUCAUGCCUUUCCAUGGUAAUUUUCGAAUGCUAAAAAAACACGGACAUUUAGCCCAAGAAUUAGGCCUGCCUAAAGAAAAUAUCUUAGUUUGCCAAAAUGGAGAAGUAGUGGAGGGACAAGAUAAGAAGUUUUUUUUGAGUAAGACACAAUUGUCAGUUCAACCUAAUUACGUUCUCGACGGCAAACUACUUCCUAAGGAAGAAAUAAACCACAAUUUAUCUUUAAGGACCAAAAUGUCCCAGGGCGGAGUAAUUUUAAUUGUGAUUUUCUACAAUAGAAAAAAAGCCAAAAUUACCGAACCACCUUAUAUUUUUACUUAUGGAUUUAUUAAUAUGCAGAAAAGCAAAAAUUUAACUGAUAGUUGGAAGAAAAAAAUUAAUGACUAUAUCGAAAAUAAUAAUAGUAAAAAAGAUUGA